UCGACGCGCAUUGGACGGGGUGACAAUGCGUAAGCUCCACAAACUGCAGUCUGUCUGCAUAAACAUAGAAGAACGAUGACUUGAAUCCGGACUUUCGCUGAAUAUAUGAAUCACCUGGUGCCAAAGUAUCAUUAGAAGUGGAAGCUGAACGCUGAAUACGGACCUCUUGCGCGCUCUCCUCUGGCUCAGGACUUCACGAAAAGCUGUCUGGGUGUGGAUGUACGCUGAUCUAUGCCGGGACUUGAACUUUUCUACUUUUAGAUAAUUCGCCUUAACACGAGGAUGGACGGAAAGUAUCGGACUUUACGCACUACAGCCAGCUUCAGGAGCCCGGUGAUGCAGAAAGAAGGGAGCUGGAAAAACUGACCGUCUGAGGACAGAGGAUUUCUGCGCUUCUUGGGAUAAAAAAAAACAAACCCCGCUAUAAAACAAACACAAAAUCGUUGUGAAAAUGUGUCAUAACUGGUCUUUCGCCAGUAAUCUAAGCGUUAUCUCUUCUAAAAAGAAAAAUGCUGGAGAGACCGAAGCAAAGCUGAAGUUCUUUCUCUUCAGUUCUUGAAUUUUCCUGACAAAAACAAGUAGAUCAGACUUUCAAAACUGCUCACUCGAACUAUGAUUGUUCAGCGUUUGGAAACUAACGAUUGCAGCAUGAAAAGACGUGUUUUCAUUCUUCAUUUUUAGAAACCACACUGCACGUAGGAUGCUCUUCUUUGAACUAACACGCAUCGGCUUGCGCACUAAUUUUUGGGGGAAUUCGUGUUUUUUAACGGCUCAGAGAAACAUGUUGCACAUCCUUGCGCUUCAGUCGGUGGUGUUACUUUUGGGAGUAACCGACUGUCGAGUCUUAGAGGGGUUGCAGAGAUAUUCCUCUAUCCCCACGUACCUGCCUGUCAACUAUCAGCUCCUCAAUGCUGACUUGGGAUUUUUCCUGAAGGAGGCCAACCAGGACUUCAUGAGGAACUCUACCCUGGUGUCGCGGACCGAGCCCUUCUUCAUCUACCAGGCCAGAAGUUUGCCCUCUGUGAACGCCAGCUAUGGGCCCCUCUCUGUGGAGCAGCCUGUCCCCUUAGAGCUCCUGCAGAGUCCGGGGACCUUUCCUGCCUCUUCUCUUUUUACCUUUAACUGGAAGGUGCAGACCUUUAUCAUGAAUUCCCGAAUUCACUUGACCAAGCCCAAAGUCCAGGUGUUGUUCUAUGUUGCAGGCAGGGACUGGGAUGACUACAGUGCCAUCGACAAGCUGCCCUGUGUGCACAUGUUUGCUUUCCAUGAAACCCAGGAGGUACGUGGUACUUGCCAGCUGAGGGGGGAGCUGGGACUGUGUGUGGCUGAGCUGGAGCCACUGGCCAGCUGGUUCAGCCCACCUAGCGUCGUGCCAGGACGCCAGAGGAAUCACGAAGUGUCCGAGGGCACCCCAGUGGAGCUCUACUACGUGCUGCAGUCCACAGACGCAGGGUGCCACUCAGAUGAAUCCAGAAAGGACAAUUUCAUCCGCACAAGUCAGGAAGGGCUGUUUGGUUCCUAUACUUCAACACCUUUGAGGAGGAUUGGCGGUGUGAGGCUCUACCAGAACCCCACUGAGCCACCUCUUGCUGAACACAGGCUGGAUAAUAACUUUAUGGUCUUGGUGCCAGCCACACCCAUGAGGCAGAGGGAAACUGGCUCUGCUUUUAUCACCAUGUCAGCCUACUCUCCUGUGGAGAUGUUUACUCUCAGAGUGAAGUUAAAAGAAGGCGUGACGUUCCUCGGCGCUCGCCCCAGCAACCCCACCCAGUGGAUAGUUAGUCAAGAUGUGAGGAGCGAAGGCCACCGAGUGGUGACUCUCCACUGCCGCAGGAAGGAGUCCAGCUAUGAUCAGCAAAGGCCUGAGAUGGGAGUUCAGAGGGUGCUCCAGGUGGAUCUGAAAAUGGAAAGCUUCCCAGAGCCAAUGGGCAGCCGCUGGAUGGCCUGGCAGGUGGAAUACCCGGCCAGUCGCGCUGCCACUCAAGAGGUGGAGACAGAGAUCCGCCUGGCUCAGGAGGACGUGGCGGGCAUCGUGCCCCUGGCCAUGGACUCUGAGAUUCUGAACACCGCUGUAUUGACUGGAAAGACGGUGGCUGUUCCUGUAAAGGUGGUGACUGUUGGAACUGACGCCUCUGUUACUGACGUCUCUGAAGCGGCGACAUGUCGCUCAACAGACGAAGACGUGGUCAAGGUGUCUGACAGGUGUGACUACGUUUUUGUGAACGGCAAGGAGAUGAAGGGCAAGGUGAAGAUGAUGGUGAACUUCACCCACGGAUACCUAAGUGCUCAGCUGGAGCUCAACGUGUGGAUCCCCCGUCUCCCCCUCCAGAUUGAGGUGUCAGACACGGAGCUGAGCCAGAUCAAAGGGUGGAGGGUGCCAAUAAUGGCCACCAAUCAGAGGUCGACACGGGACAGAAUACCGUCAAAGAAAAAUGUAAUUAUUUGCCUUUUUUACUUUAAUGUCUCCAUGGUAAUCUGUCAUCUCUCUCCUUGUUUUUCUUCACUUUUUCAGGUGUUGUCUCCUUUAUCAGACUCAAUCCUGGCAGAGAAGACUAUCACAGUGGUGGAUGACAAAGUGACCAUCACAGAGUUGGGAGUCCAGUUGGUGACAGGCCUUUCCAUGAGCCUGCAGCUCAGUCCGGGAAGUAACCGGGCCAUCCUGGCUACUACAACCACACAGGAAGUCUUGCAGAGCUCCAAACAGGAGGCCUUGAUUAGUGCCUGGCUACAGUUCAGUGACGGCUCUGUGGCUCCACUAGACCUCUACAAUCCGGACUUUUUUGUCCUGACAGCCACUUCACUAGACGAGGAAGUCGUGACAGUGCAGCAGGACCCUUCCUGGAAAUGGCCUGUCAUUGUGACGGAGGCAGAGGGUCAAGGCCUGCUGGUCAGGAUGGAAAUGACUGUUAGUGAAGUGUGCCAGAAGUUCAAGCGACGCAGCAUUAUAGCUGCGGGGAACUGCAACAUCAAGGUGAAGUUUGGCCAUAGUGACAGCUCAAGGGGAGGGAGCAGCGACUAUGGUCCUGAUGGAGAUGAUAUGGAGAACAGGGGCAGGCUCUCCUCCCAGGACAGGACUGGCCUUGACACACACUAUUACGGUAGUUCGAUCUCUGACAUGGAGGAUGGUGUGCUGAAGAGAGCCACCACAACGAGAAGCGCAAUAAUCCGCAGACCCAAUGGGGAUAAACUUUCAGUGGAUGGUAGCCAGAGCAUACCAAUUGACUUUGCUGACUUCCCCGCACAAGUAGAUCUACCCCGUGGUCGCAAUGUGGACGACGAGCUCAUUCAGACUGCCCGAGGGCUCACAGACCUAGAAAUUGGCAUGUACGCCUUGCUCGGGGUCUUCUGCCUCGCCAUCCUGGUCUUUCUUAUUAACUGCAUUUCCUAUACGCUCAAAUACCGUCACAAGGAGCUCUCCAUCGAGGGCCAGGAAAACAUGAACCAUGCUCACGACUGGGUGUGGCUGGGGAACGAGGCCGAGCUGCUGGAGAGCCAAAUCAGCCUUUCGCCUCAGCAGGAAGAACAGACCUCCAUGAUAGACUCAAGCAGCGGCCUCGAGGAGGGCAGCCACUUACUGAACGGAGGCUCUUCCCAGAAGAGCGUGCCGAGCCAAGUGCAUCGGGCGGCAGACACAGGCUGCAUAGCCAAGGACAGCAAAGGAGACUCCCCCACCACCAAGAGAAAGCGAGUUAAGUUUACCACGUUCACCACUAUCCCCUUGGACAAUAGCUACCCCACUGUUAGCACACUGACUGGAAGCCACAGCCAUGACAUUAAGUGGGUGUGUCAAGACGGGCAGCUUGGAGACUCCAAGGAGUUGCGCAGUUACAUGGAAAGGUUAAAUGACAGUGCUUUAAAAGAGGUGGCAUAAUGUACUGUGUGCACUUGUGACAAACUCACCCAUAUGCCUUCCAGCCAGCGGAGAGUGGGUCUCAACAGAAACCAGAUCCACAGUUGGUGAUCGAGGAGCAAAUUUACUUCAGAAUCAACCCAAACUGCCAAAGGGUCAUUAAACUUUGCGAGAAAUGUCAUGAUUCCACAUAUGACUGAUGAUAAAUCACUGACAAAAAACAUGAGGUGGUUCUUUUGUUUGUCAGAUGGUUGCCACUUAAACAUUGUUUUAUUAUUACACGAUUUAGAAUCGUGCAAGGAUCCCAGAACUGAUCUGCAGCAAAGCAUAUAGAGUUUAAAACGAACAGUGACGUGACUAGAUAGAUAUUCCGAGUGUGUGUGUGUGCACAUUAAAUGGCUUUGGAAGUUCUGUAUCAAUUUUGGAUUUCUUACAUGAGAGUUCUGGAAAGGCCAAAGCAAGUCAAGACAAAUCUGCAUGUUGUUCGGGGGGAAAAAGAAAAGAAAAACAAGAAUGGCACAACUUUCCAGUUCAUUGUCAUCCUCCUUAGCAAGGCAUACGACCUGUUAUGUAUAUACUGAACAAUCUCCAAAGCAUUGUACUGUUGCUCUGUAUAUUGUAUUUUCAUAACAUUUAAGGAAU